AUGCCAGUGCUGUGUAUUAUAUCCAUUCAACAAAAAAAAUUAACUCACCACCAAAGAUUGAGAUAUGGAUGGAGAUCAUUCUUUUUCUUUUUAUUUCAAAACUACAAAGUUAGAACUCUUACUGAAGAAGAUGAAGAUGGAACCCAAAGACACGUUUAUAGAAUUCCUGAUCACUCUUGGUCAACUGAGACACUAAAUGCUGUUUUUCAACAAGUGAUAGGAUUAACAUUACUUAUGGACAAGUGUAGAAAUUCAAAUACUAGAUUGCUUCCUUUUAAGCUGCAAGAAUAUUAUUUAGAGAAUUUAUUUAGUGAAGCCAGAGGAUUUUAUGGAAACAAGCGGAAUUUAAAUUAUAAAGAGUUUAUCAGAGUUGUUUCUCAAUUAAUAGAAGAACAAUUAAGUGAAACAUGCUUCCAAAACACCAAACCUUCAAAAUAUAAUGCCAUUUUUGAUGAUACACCUUUAACUAUAUCAGAUUUAGAGGUGUUUGAUAAUUUUCCAUCAUCAAAACAUAUUCACUUCAUCAUUACAGAAGAAUUUGAAAAAACAACAACUCUUUACAAAAAAUUGGAUUCGGAAUUUAAAGAUAUUUCUCUCAUCAAGUUAUUAUCAACAUGUUGUAAUUCAUUUUGUGGAUAUUCACUUUGGAAUGAAGAUUACAAGUUUACAAAAUUUUCAGAGAUUGAAAAGAAUCAAUUUUAUAAGAUUGAAAAGGAUACACAAUUAAUAUUUGAGAAUGAAGAAAUAUGCCUAGAAAAGAAAAUAAGGAAAACCUCUUCACAGACAGGUGCAUAUUUCAAUUUAUCAGCUGAUUCUGAAUAUGAAAUGAAAAUCCACAAAGAUAGAUAUUACCCUCACCAUAUUUCAGAAUCUGCUCGAAUAUUUUCAUUACCAAAAUUCAAAAUUUCUGAACAUUAUGCCAGACUUAAUAUUGAAUUUGAUGACAUUCCUCCAUUACCAGACAAUUAUGUACAGACCAUUAAUAUUCCGAAAGAUGUGAUUGAUACUGUGAAAUCCAAAAUUAAGACUAUUAAUGUAAAACAAGAUUCAAUUCCAUUAAGAAAAGAUACAGAUGUGGUUGGUAAUAAGAAUGAUCAAAUAGUUUGUCCUUUAUGUCAAAAGAAUUAUGCAGUUGGAAAGAAUUUAUUGAAUCACCUUCGAACAAAACAUGAUUGCUCUACAGAUAAGGCAAAAGUAGUAGCAGAUUGUAUGGUCAAUUCAUGCUAUUUAACUAAUGCCCUUCAUCAAGAGCUCAAAAGAAAAAUCAGAUUGGAAAAAUUCAAAUUGACUCCAAAAGAAGAUGAAAUAAUGAUUGAAUCUGAUAGUGUAGAGCCAUCUCAAAAUAAUAACACUCAAAAUAUAACAAUUUCAGUCACAUCUCCUAAGAAAGUAACCAAAUCCAAUUCAAAAACUCAAAUUUGUAAAUGUGGAAAGGGAAGAAAAGCUGUAAAAGCUUCCUGUAAAUCAUGUAGACAAUGCUGUCUUAAUAAUGGUGGAUGCACAACUCAUCAAUUCAAAUGUAAUCUAAUUGAACCAAUUGAGGAAUAUGAUGUACUGAUUUUAGAUUUUGAAACAACUGAUCUUCAAACAAGAGCACCAACAGAUUGCUUGCAAAAUGGAACCAAGGAAAUGGAAGCAGUGAAAUUAAUUAUUGAUUUUUUACCAAAGAAAUCAUUAAUUCUUGCUCAUAAUGCACCAUUCGAUAAGAGUGUUCUACAUCGAGCAUUUAAUCAUUGGAGAAUCAACAAUUCCAAGAUUACUGAUGGAAUGAAAAAUAGUCGCCUUAUUUUCUUAGAUACAAUCCCAAUUUUGAAGAAAACAUUGAAACUGGGGAAAAAUCAAUGCAAGUUAGGAAAUAUUUAUCAGCAAUUAUUUAAACAAUCGAUUGAAAAUCAACAUACAGCAGCUGCAGAUGUUUUUGCUUUGAAAGAAAUAUUGGAGCAUGUAUUUGGUAAAGAAAAUGUUAUUCGAAACAUUCAAAAUCAUUUCAACCUUAUUAAGGAUUUGAAAAAAUCAUUUAUAAUGGUUGAUUCUAAUGGAAAGGAGAUGAAAGAUGGCUCAUUUGACAAGAUAAUCACUAGAUCAAAAUAG